AUUCUGUCGGAUUAGUUGUAUAUAUUAAUAAUAUUUAGUUAUCAGAUUAGUUGCAGUUAUGGUUACUAUAGCCAAUCAUGUGAUGUGAUGUAUAUUAGUGUAGCUUGUGAUUGAGUGACUGUAGAUUACCUUGUUAAGGUAUUAUACCUUGUAUGAAAAAAAUAUAUGUAUAUACAUGAAGCUUUUUUAAAUAAAUGGGAAUUUGUAAAGCAGUAGUACAAGAAGGGAUCGCCCAUAAAAUCAUGACCUUAUAUCACCUAAUUUACCUCUAGAUCACUGGCGUUGUGAGAAUUUCUCCCUUGUGUGUGUUGUGUGUUUUUGUAUGCAAAGUGUAAAUCCCACUCUGCUGUCCUGCGCCAUAAUGACAUUCAUGUCUGCUUGCUGAUUGGAUGAGAGCGUCCAGGCCUGAGUCACAUGGGCAAGUUAUUUGGCCCAGAGUAAAAAUGGGGUUCGGUGUAAAUCUAGGGUGUAUUGCUGUCAUAUAUCACGCUACCUCGUAAAAACGACACUGAAGAUUCUUGGCCAAGAAAUCAGAGAGAGAAAAAAAAAUGAGUUCUUAUUAUGUGGAUGGUCUUCUUAGCAAAUAUACGGCGGGUAGUUCUCUAUUCCCAAAUGUGGAGCGGGCUUCUUGUAGUCUUGGACCCAGUGGAGAGGACUUUGCCUCGACUCAGACCGCUGCGGCCAUCGCGUUUGCACCGUCUCUGUCUGGAGUUUACAGCGUCAAUAAUGCACCAGUGUACCAGAGCCGCCCCUUGUUUAGCUCGGGAUAUGGCAUGGGCCAGGACGCGCGCACACUGCACUGCAGCCUGUUUGACCAGAGCCGCCUGUUCACCGACAGCUGCUGCCAUCCGGAGCCGGGUCCCCUCACCUCGCCGCCGGACAAACAAUACCAGAUGUACCCCUGGAUGAGAGUAUCAGAUCCAAAUGGAAAGCGGGGACGGCAGACCUACUCUCGGUACCAGACCCUGGAGCUAGAGAAGGAGUUCCACUUCAACCGGUACCUGACCCGCAGGCGGAGGGUCGAGAUAGCCCAUGCCCUCUGCCUCUCAGAGAGACAGAUCAAAAUCUGGUUUCAGAACCGCAGGAUGAAGUGGAAGAAAGACCACAAGGAGGAACCGGUGUCGACCCCCCGGGAAAAGGACGGUGAUAUUCUGGCAGUGCCAGAAGCCGGAGAGCCCGAAGCUGGAGACACCCGGUGCGCCGGGUUGGAGUCAGAAACGGCUGCAAAGUAACGCAAGACCGGGACAGAGGAUUAAAUCAAAGAAACUCACUGUUUAGAAUCAAUAUGAGAUACUUCUCAGAUGUUUCUCUUAGACCAUUUGCUGACUAAUUGAAUGCCAGCUGAAGGCCAUUGUGUAAUACGCAUUUAACAGUAGGCUGUGGGUCUGUAUUUUACAUUUAAACCCAAAAUACAUAAAGAGGCUCCAGCAUGAAAGAGCGAUAUUGACUACCUUUCCAAACUAUAUUUUAUAUAUGCAUUACUAAAUAUGUUAUUUCCCCUGAUUUUACUACUGAAUCAACAUUCCUUAACGAAAAACUACCUAAUAUUUUCCUUCUAAUAUUAAAACACUGACACAAGGGAUUCAACGUAAGUUGAAAUUGACUGUAGUUUACUAUAAUCUAUUCUACCUAUUCGAGUAAUCUUCUGCACAGAAGGUUGUGUUUUCUAAAGGUAACAAUACACCACUGUGCGCAAAUGUGCCUAAUUUUGAGUAUAGGCUAGUUAAAAAUAAACAUUUUUGUUGGUUGAAUGCAUCCAUCUGUGAUUUAGCUGCUUUCUAGAUGUCACUAAGUCUACCGCUGUAUUAUUAUUUUUUAAAUGCGUAUAACUGCUAAUCACUUAGAAUAUUAAUAUGCCUGUUUUCAUUAUUAUUUACCUCUUUUUACAUCCCAGGAUCAACACAAAUUUGUUUAGUUUUGGAUGAUCUACCUCGGAUUCCCAGAAAGUCAACUUGCCUAUAAUGUAAACCGGAAUAUCCAUUUGUAAAUGUUUAGCCACCAUGUACAUUAAAAUGUUCUUGUUUAUUACAUUAAGAAACAAAUUCGGGCUCAAAAUUUCACAAUUGUAUAUGAAUUGGCUACUUUGAUCUUAAAUGUGCAAAUACUGUGAUAUAUCCAGGUUCAGUGCUUCCGUAAUGUGAAGCACAACAUGUGAACAAUAAAUAUCAAAAGCUCCUGGGAAUGUU